UAAAAUACCAGCAAGUCUUUUUUCUGGAAGAAUCAUUGUACUUGCAAAACCAGCGUCUGCUCUUUAAGUUCCUUUUUCAUGUGAAGCUGUUGCCUAUUUAUCUUUGCUUAUCACUGAAUAUUAUGUAACGAGCUGGCAACUCGCACUUCAAGGACAAACAUGAUGGGUAUAUAAUUUUUAGUUUUUUCUAUUAUAAUUGAUUCUUAAAAUAGCUUUAUGCUCCUAGAAUGCAACGUAUGCAAUAUAUGAUUUCAUAAUUAAAAUCUAAGUACAGACUUGCGAUAAUACUGCCCGCUAGAUGAGAUACGUAAUCCCUAUCUGGCCUCCGCAACGCUCGGGGCAAUAGCUUUCCUUCAGUGAGUCGACUUUGAAGAUUUGGUGGUCUCAGUCAAAAUCUUGUGAGUUAAAACUACAUCUGCACUGAAACAUAUAGAUUACAUGUGGUAAUUGUCUCAAAAAAAUGUUGAUCGUAUAUAUAAACAUAUAAGCAAAGAAAUUUGAUAUACGUCUAUCAAGCAACGGGUGAACUAUAUGUGUGUGUGUGUUUGACGCAUAGGACCUCACAAACGAAGGAACUCCGUAAAUUUCACCGACAUGGCCGAAACUUGGGACCCAAGAUGCUGUAUCAGAGAUUCUACCUUACGCCUGUCAACGUCAUUGAUGGAUGAGAUGCUCCUCUCGUGGCCAUGCGUCGUCGUCGAAGAGUGAGGAGACGGACUCGUGCUUUUGUGGCUGCGUCGGAGAGGCAAAACUUUCCUUUUCAAGAUAUAACGAUGAAGGCUGUUUUAAACGCUCGCACGGCCGACGAUUUCCAACGGGAUUGUUGUAGCUAGACAUUAGAUAGUAUCAUGUAAGCAUACAAAUCCUGGGAGACGGUGGACGUCACCAUGAAGUGGACAUCUCGAUUUCUCGGGGCGUCUCGUCUCGGGUUGGCGUUCAGGUAUCUGCUGCUGGCAUGGAUCGUCCCGUCCAAAACUACGUCAUUUAUCCAGAUGCCGGUUGGAGCCUACACAAAACAUGACAUCUGCUUCGGGAAGUAUUUCAAGGCCAUCACCACAUUUGGAAAACUGGUCCUUACCUCGUCCUUUUUGCUUGUUUACCGCACUCUCGACACCUCUGAUGGAACCAUGUCAGUCAAGGACUACUGUCUUCAGAAACUGGGCUGGUCCAACACGAAAUUCAGGGAGACUUUCAAUACAUCAGAGAGGGACAUCCUAAUUAAAGACCCUCAUGCGAACGAUUUCACUUGUGACAUCUCACUUGCCUUCAAAUUGAUCACAACUAUCCUAGGGAACAUAAUAGAGCCCCUCAAGAAAGACCUCCGAGACCUGAAGAAUAUGAGGAACAGAGUGUGCCAUGAGGACGUGGACAUGGACGAGACAGAGUUGAAGGACCGGUUCAGCAACCUCAAGGUGGUCUGUCGGAACAUCCUCGAGGGCGUGGGCACCUUGGCAGCUGAGGACACCUCAACUUUGGUGCUAGAUAUAGAGAAGGGACUGCAGGACUUGGCGGAGGCCAAACUAGAUGUUCUUGAUGUGGAAAGCUAUUUGCAUGACGUCGAGAACUUUCGAAAAGAGAAGCAUUCAAAAAUGAUCACAGAAGGCAGAAAGGAACUGAUGGAUACAUAUUCCAAAUUAAAGAUACUAAAUCCUUGCACUUGGCUAAGUGACAAUAAGUUCAUCAGCUUUGCUGUAGAUAAGAUCUUCACUGAAGUAAAAUUGAUGGAGGGAGUUAGAAGAGUCAUGAUGAAUGACAUCUUGAACAUCACCUCACUAAAGCAGAGGUUCAUCGCACGGUUGAUCAUCAUCUCGGGGGUGAUGGGAGCGGGGAAAACAUCCCUUCACCGCUACAUCUUGGACGAAUGGUGCAAACGCUCACUGACUGUCAUAGGCCUGUCAGCUAUUGAUAUGGUUAUUGCCAUUGAGAUGAAGACUGUCAGCAGCAGUUCACUAGUUCAGUUCCUAAGGGAGCAACUCCUGUGUCGCACCUGCAGGUCCUUCAGUGAAAAUGAUAUCAUUCCAAUCUUACAAGACAUGAACAUUCUCUUUGCCAUAGAUGGUAUGGACGAAGCAAAUAGCCAUGGGAAAGCUCUUGUCAGAGAAAUAACACACAAAUUCACGAACUCUCACAUCAUCGUCACUACAAGGCCUGAGCACUCACUAGAGUUGAUGCAGAUGGCUGAAGAUCACAUCGUCCUCCACAUUGAAGGUUUUGAUCACGAGAGUCAAAUUCAAUUCGUGGAAAAAGUUUUUGCUUCAAUUUAUUCACAAAAUACACAAGGGAGGGAAGCAGAAAAGUUUCUGGAGUACUUGUCUACAACCUGCAAACCUCUCAUGAGUCAUUUUGCUCUUCCACUAACAUUAGCAUUGCUAUUAGUGUUGUGGUUUGAUGAUUCAACCAAAAUGUCCAGUAUCACUACCAUUACACGCCUUCACCACAAAAUUAUUGAGAUGUGUCAACAAAAGCUGGUGGCCCGACUGGAGGCCAAGGGAGAUGGUCAUGCAGUAUCUCUCACUCGUAAAGUGCGUCGCUGGGUCCUCCAGCUCGGCAAAGUAGCAUGGAACAUGAUGGAGGAGGACCUGUUGUACAUCAGUGAAAAACACGCUAAUGAAUUAAUGGAUAUAUGCGAGAAAGAAGGCUUGGACGCCAUACAAACAAUGUCAGCUUUCCUAAACUGUGAAAUCAACGACACAAUUACUGGUAACAGGCAUCACUUCUCUUUUCACCAUACGUCUGCCAUAGAGUUUCUUGCUGCUAUGUACAUGGCAGACAUUUCAGCUUCUCAAGGAUCACUGGGGACCACCUUUGAUGAGAUUGACUGUACAGGAUACAGGGAUCUUCUAAUGUAUCUAGCAGGACUCUUGAAAAUGAAUGGAACACUGAACAUGAAGCUGGCCAGUCAGCUGAAGUACGUGUUCUUAUAUAACAUGAAAGUGUGCCCAAGUGAUUACACCAUCUGGUGGAAUCUGCUGCGGGAGGGAGAAAAUGACCAGUCUUUGUGUCAGAUGGUGGGGUCGAUCGUAAAUCAAGCAGAUGUUUUGACGGUCAAUUCUUGGGAUUCUCAGGAAACGACUGAAGCCAAAAUGAAUAUAUUAAAGCAAACUGGUGGUGCUCCUGCUGAAGUAGUUAUAAAUGUCCACUACAAAACGGCCUUCAACAGCUGCCCAGAAUUACAAAAUAUUGUCUCUUUACUUGCAGCAGCAGAGAAGUCGAAAGUGAAGAUCUAUUUAGAAAAUGAUUUUCACGCCACCGCGGAAACAGAAGUGUGUGAUCACUACAUCGUGCCUUUGUUAAAGGUUAAUAGACUAGUAGAAUUGAAAGGCCACAUUGGCAGGGAUUUUGCAUCAAACCUCGUUAGUGCCGCCAAUGUCCAGUCCAUUUUCGUGCGAGUCUCAGAUAUUCAGGCUCUAGUUAAGCUUGGUGAAAGCAUGCGGAAACACAGAAGGUGGAAAGUAAAGUUCAUGCCAUCACGUCGUUGGACUCUGAAGUAUGUAGAAAUCUUUUUGGAUUUAAAGAAGGACACCGAAGUGUCUCUCAUACCAGACUUAAAGUAUCACGGUACCUUAGUAGUAAAGUUAUCAGGCAUCAGUGAUGCAUCAGCCACUUGGGCGGGAGCGGUUCUGAAACGGCUCAGUAAUCAGUAUACCUCUGUCAUCCUGCAAGCCUGUCAGAUUACCGCUUCUGGAAUGGAACAGCUUAUCGGUGAAAUAAAGGGAGUGAAGAUCAAAGUGUUUCGUGUCAUGUCUGAUUACACAAUCUCCAGGGACGAAGUGAAACACCUCGCCAAAAAGAGUAACAUAAACAUUGGCUGGAGAGCCUAACGUAAUUGCAAACACAAAACAUCGUUUUUUUUUUUAGAGGAAUAUGAAAUUGUGAUGUGUCUGCCGAUGCUUCAACUGACAUAAAGACAGUAUAAGUCGUGAUGCUAGGCUGUGAUGUGGUUAUCAUUGAUGGUAAGAUGUAUUUAAUUUUAUAUGUUCAUUCAUGUUUUGUGUAUGAUUUUAUUACAUUACGCUUGUAUUUUU